AUACACCGACCGGGCACGUGGCCACACGUUCCUUCGCGGUUUUUGCCUGUCGCUGAACGAACGAAGCGAACUGACUGUAUAUUUGCGUGCGUGCGCGCGCGUGUAUCUGUAUGUGUUAGUGCGCGCGCACAAACCCCGGUGUGCCACCCUUCCACGUAGGGUUUGGUUACUCAUUUCCCUUUUCGAUCGCAUCGCAGUGUGGCGUGUUUUGCGGGUUCGUCCAGGUGAUUUGCGUUUUGUUUUGCCUUCGCCAGCGUACGAAACGCGCUCAAAGGUUCGCCGUCAUUUUGGCCAUUCAUUCAUUCCGUUCGUGGUCGCGGUACGUGUACACCUUCGUCCUUCGGUGCUGGAUUGAAGAGGCAAAGAAAAAAAAAGGAACAUUUCCACACGCGCGCGCGAACCGUUUUUGUCGCGUUUUGUUUUAUUUGCUGCUUCGUCAAAUCAAACACAUGCGGGAGCCCCACGUUACCGGUGGUUAAGCCAGUUUAGUGUUGUGCAUUCUUCAGAGCAAAUUGGUUCGAAAAGUAUAAAACAAAAUCUUUACACGUUUGCUGGUUAGUUGGGUAAAGGCAAAGUGCAGGCGAAAGUGCAAUAAAUAAAAAUAAUAAUUAAACCGUCCAGGCCGUUCCUUGGCCUACUGUGAAAGGUCGUGAACGGGUGGAAUAGUGGAAAUUCCAACGCUAACGUGUGGCGUACGCGUCCACACACACACACACAACGCAAGAAGAAGAAAGCACAAAAAAAAUCGUGAGUUUUGUGCAAUUAUUGCACUGUCAUCGGAAUGUGAGUGAUUUUAUUUUGUGUGGCCUUCUUGUGUUGUUCCGACCGCAAAGGUGGGUGUGUGUGCUAUUGGUACCGGAUUACCGGUGCUGCAUAUGAAGGAUGGAACGGUGCAAUGGGUCUGGGCAGUGCCGAUAGCCGACCAGCAACAUCCAUUAGUGUUGGUGAUUUGUUGGUGAAAUGCUUUCCUUUCCCCUUUUCGCAGCUUUCCCACCGGAAAGGUUGGAAUCGUUCGGUCGUGUUGAAACGGAAAAUCAUAUAUCUCUCCGGGGUUCGUCACUGAUUGAUAGUGUGUGUGUCUGUGGAAGUGAUGGUGGUUGGAGGAAGGGACGACAUAUAUAAAAAUCGAACCAAUAAUCCUUCACAUGGAGUUCUGUACGCGACAGCAUGCAUUAACGCGACCAUCGGAAGGGAAUGAACCGGCCAGAACCGGAAUAAAAGGGACCACAUUCCGCACGUGACGCUUCUAAUGGACGGGUGUCCUGUGCCACGUUCCGUGCCACCGUUCGAGCAUUGGCUUUGGGUGCCACCGAUGAAGUCGCGACCGUUGGCAGUAUUACGGUUGUGAUAGAGCGAUUUACCACGCAUCCCAACCUUCGUCGAAUCGUCGAGAUCGUACAAGGACACACGCCUGGUGGACGCGGAAUGCCUUGGUGCAGCAGGUGAUCAAGUGCAAUUCAUCAAGUGCAUAAAUUCAGGAGUGCAAACAAUAAUCAAAACAGUGUAGUGAUAAAAAGAAAAAACUCAUUGAAAUAUCCUCGCUAUAAAAGUGUCGCAAGUGCCACAGAGUUAAGGAUCUGUUAGUGGAAAGCUUAAGGAAGAAAUUAGCCUUUAUGUGUAAAAAUGUUCAAUGCUACAAGUGAAAGUGUAUCGGAAUGAUUCACGUAUCGUAGUUCCUAGCGGUAGUGUUUGGAUUGCUUUUCCAGUAAAAUGAAGAGGAAAAAAAGCAUCAUCUAUUGCCAAAGCGUAUGUGUUACCCUGUUGUGCGAGAUCGUGAUCUUGCUUUGCCUACGUGCCUAGUGAUUUGUGAGUAAGUUUCUUGUGGCGUCAUCAAGACCGGUCCAUAACUAGUGGCAAAAAUCCUACACGCCAUAAUCAUAACCACCAAGUGCAAUUCAUCAACCAUUGGGGCCAAAGAUUACACACACACAUACACAACUUCGUUAAACGCCGUCCAAUAGCAUUAGUGUAUUGUUAUUAUAUUUUGUGGAAAGCGAAGGAAUACAUUGAUCAAGCGCCUCAAUAUGGGCGAAUCCAGUAAGGUGCAGCAACAGCAGCAGGAAAAAGCCAGACAACAAAAUGAACGACGAAUACGAGCCAACGAUAGAGAAUACAAUACACAAUUCAAAUAUGCUAACAACUACAUCAAAACGUCCAAAUAUUCAAUAUUAACAUUUUUGCCUUUGAACCUGCUGGAGCAGUUCCAACGUCUUGCCAACUUUUACUUUCUGUGUCUACUAAUUCUCCAGCUGAUACCGGCAAUCUCGUCACUGACGCCUGUCACCACCGCGAUCCCAUUGAUCGGUGUGCUCAUGCUAACUGCCAUCAAGGAUGCCUACGAUGAUUUCCAAAGACACAUGUCCGACUCGCAAGUUAACAACCGACGGUCAAAAACGCUCCGCCACGGGAAGCUGGUCGAUGAGCGGUGGUCCGGCGUACAGGUCGGUGACAUUAUACGGAUGGACAACGAUCAGUUUGUGGCGGCCGACAUACUGUUGCUUUCGUCCAGCGAACCGAACGGGCUGUGCUUUAUCGAAACGGCCGAACUGGACGGUGAGACAAAUCUCAAGUGCAAACAGUGCCUGCCCGAGACGGCCGCAAUGGGCCAGCAGGAGGAUCUGCUGUGGAAGUUUAACGGUGAAAUUGUGUGCGAACCACCGAACAAUCUGCUGAACAAGUUCGAGGGUACGCUCACGUGGAAAAACCAACGCUAUCCGCUCGAUAACGAUAAGAUCCUGUUGCGCGGUUGCAUCAUCCGCAACACGCAGUGGUGCUACGGUGUCGUCAUCUUCGCCGGGAAGGACACGAAGCUGAUGCAGAACUCGGGCAAGACCAAAUUCAAACGGACGACCAUCGAUAGGCUAUUAAAUUUUAUAAUCAUAGGAAUAGUGUUCUUUCUCUUAUCGAUAUGCGGUUUCUGCACGAUUGCAUCCGCAAUAUGGGAAGCAUUAGUAGGAUACAAAUUUCAAAUUUAUCUGCCAUGGGAAAGGAUAAUCCCGAAGGAUUACCUGCAGGGUGCAAUCAGUAUCGGGGGUCUAGUCUUUUUUUCCUACGCAAUCGUACUGAACACAGUGGUGCCAAUAUCUUUAUACGUGUCGGUAGAGGUGAUCCGUUUCGCGCAAUCCUUCCUUAUCAACUGGGACGAAAAGAUGUACUACGAGAAGACGAAAACCCACGCCAAAGCAAGGACCACGACGCUAAACGAGGAGCUGGGCCAGAUACAGUACAUCUUCUCGGACAAAACGGGAACCUUGACGCAGAACAUUAUGACGUUCAACAAAUGCAGCAUUGCCGGUCGUGCCUAUGGCGAUGUGGUUGAUAUGCGUACGGGCGAAACAGUCGAACUGUCGGAGCCUACAUUCAACAGUAACACAUCGCUUUUGUUAAACGCUGAAGAGCCACCAGGUCGCAGCACACCACAGCCCACCACCACCACCGAACAACCAGUUCAGACUAAAAGCCCCUCAAACAAAAAGCAUCCACCUUCACUACAUGUUACAUUCAGUCAGCACAGUAAUGCCCAAGAAAUGCAGACGUCCAUAUCCACUAAGCAACCCACACCACAAACCCAUAUCCCGGCGCAGUCAGCUACCGAAGUACCACCAAGUGGGAACAAUACGCAAGAAGGACUGCAUGUGAUGGAGUCGGUUGAUUUUUCCUUCAAUCCCGAGUACGAACCCGAAUUCCGGUGGUAUGACCAGGGACUGCUGGAUGCGGUCCGCGCGGAUGAGGAGCACGCGCAUAACUUUUUUCGACUACUUGCACUAUGUCAUACCGUGAUGGCAGAGGAUAAAAAUGGCAAGUUAGAUUAUCAAGCACAAAGUCCUGACGAGGCGGCCCUCGUAUCGGCGGCGCGAAAUUUUGGAUUUGUUUUUAAAUCACGAGCACCGAAUAGUAUAACAAUAGAGGUUAUGGGACGAACAGAGGAAUAUGAACUGUUAAGUAUAUUAGAUUUUAAUAAUGUUAGAAAACGAAUGUCGGUCGUGUUACGUCGCAACAACUCCAUCAUACUGUACUGUAAGGGAGCCGAUAGUGUGAUAUAUGAUAGGCUAGGACCGAACCAGCACGACCUGAAGGCACGUACCCAGGAACAUUUGAAUAAAUUUGCCGGCGAAGGAUUACGUACGCUGGUGCUAGCCGAAAGGCGAUUGACGAAAGAAUUCUACGAUUCUUGGCUGGUGCGACAGAGAGAAGCUGCCUUAUCUUUAGACGGUAGAGAGGAUAAGUUAGGUGCAAUCUACGAGGAGAUCGAAUGUGAUAUGCAGCUGGUCGGUGUGACGGCUAUAGAGGAUAAGCUACAAGACGGUGUCCCUCAAACGAUCGCCAAUCUACAGCUGGCCGGCAUAAAGAUUUGGGUUCUUACCGGUGACAAGCAAGAAACGGCAAUAAACAUAGGAUAUUCCUGUCAGCUGCUAACGGACGACAUGGUGGACGUGUUUGUGAUCGACGGUAUUACGAAGGGUGAGGUGGAACAGCAACUACGCAAGUACAUGGACUCGUUGCGGAUCGUUAACACCUACCAUCCAGCUAAUGUUCAAAAAGCUAGCAACAUGCACUCGCAAACGGUCGGCAGUAGUGAAACGAGUGCAGUGACGGCCAACGGUGCCCACAGCAGCAGUUCCGGACCGAUGGUUGACAUACAGAAUACCUCGCCGCCGUCAGUCUCGGUGGUGACGUUUAGGUGGGAUAAUAGACAUAAAUAUACAAGUAUAGGAGGAAGCGAGGAGGCACCGGACAGUGUAAAUUGUAGCAACUAUUCCGAGGGUUUUGAGAAAGGUGAACCGACGCUAACGGAUAUAGACGAGAACACGGGUGUCGCACUGGUCAUCAAUGGGCACUCGCUCGUUCACUGUUUAACGUCCGAGCUGGAAAGUAAAUUUUUGGAGAUCGCUUCCCACUGUAAAGCCGUCAUCUGUUGUCGGGUAACGCCACUACAGAAAGCGAUGGUCGUGGAGUUGAUCAAGCGUGCGAAAAAUGCGGUCACCCUAGCCAUCGGUGACGGUGCUAAUGAUGUGUCAAUGAUUAAAGCGGCACACAUUGGCGUUGGCAUCUCGGGCCAGGAAGGCAUGCAGGCGGUGCUUGCUAGCGACUACUCGAUCGCUCAGUUCAAAUUUCUCGAAAGACUGCUGCUGGUACAUGGCCGCUGGUCGUACUACCGCAUGUGUAAAUUUUUGCGCUACUUUUUCUACAAAAACUUUGCAUUCACAUUGUGCCAUUUUUGGUAUGCAUUUUUUUGCGGCUUCAGUGCUCAAACCGUUUUCGAUCCGAUGUUUAUAUCAGUGUACAAUCUAUUCUACACAUCGUUGCCGGUGCUAGCGCUCGGUAUCUUCGAGCAGGACGUGUCGGAUAAGAGCAGCGUGGAUUAUCCGAAGCUGUACACGCCCGGCAUUACGAACGCACUGUUCAAUACGACCGAGUUCAUACGCAGUGUGCUGCACGGUAUCUUCAGUUCCCUGAUAUUGUUUCUCAUUCCGUAUGGUACCUACAAGGAUGGCAUCUCUCCGGAUGGAUAUGUGCUUAACGAUCACAUGUUGCUUGGUUCGGUAGUGGCCACCAUACUCAUCCUAGAUAAUACAGCACAGAUAGCUCUCGAUACAUCGUACUGGACCGUUUUCAAUCACAUCAUGAUCUGGGGCAGUUUGCUGUGGUACUUCUUUUUGGAUUACUUUUACAACUACGUUAUCGGUGGUCCUUACGUUGGCUCGCUGACUCAAGCUAUGAAGGAGGCAACAUUUUGGUUUACAACAGUCCUGACCGUGAUAGUACUAAUGAUACCGGUGCUUGCCUCACGCUUCUACUUUGUUGAUGUGUUCCCGAGCUUGCCAGAUAAGAUUCGUGUACAGCAGCGGCUUGCUCUACUGCGUUCCCGUCAGAGCAGUGACGUCUUAAGGACACCGUCCGCCCGAAAGGCUCGAAGAUCAUUACGCUCCGGAUACGCUUUUGCUCACCAGGAAGGAUUUGGUCGACUUAUUACGUCGGGCAAAAUUAUGCGCAAACUGCCACAGGACUUUGCCUUCCCGCUGGGACUGGGCAGCAAGAAACAACAAUCAACCGAAUCGACCAAGAACAAUAACAAUAAUAACAGCAGUAACAAUGCUAAUAGCGUUACAAAUGCGGCCAACGGUGCCGGAAGCGUAACCAGAACCGGUACAAACACGACCGCCACGACACUGUCGGCGAUGGCUACGGGUGCUGCAGCCGCCAACGGUAAUCAGCUAGUCAACCUGCCCGGCAGCUCAAACGGUGACCAUAGUCCACGGGCACCGUGUCAGGAUCUGGAUACGAUUAAUCUGUAAAGUUUGUGCCAGAUGCCAGAUCCCCAUUCCGUCGCGAGUCACUAACGAAACCAAAAACCUUACAAAGAAACAGUAGUACACGUAUGUACAUACAUCUCCACAACGAAUCGAUGAACAUCAUGUCAUUGUCCAGUCGGAAACGGUGUUCAACGGUUAAGAUAACCAUGAGGCAACAUAUCUAUGGUUUUACUACCUGUACAGUGCACCUUCUGCGUUUCGACAGCGGUCCCAUACGCUAUAUAAAAAAAAGGAAAAGGAAUUAGAAUUGUGUUGCGCCUAUUCAAUGACAUGUUUGAACAACAAAAACUGUAACAUUUUCUAAUUUCUGCCAAUGUAUCCGUAUGCCGAUGCAGUACUUAAGAAUGUUUAAACCCUUGCCAAAUGUUUUCACUCUGGCAUGCAUGCUAACCGGCACCGUACCAAAUAGCCGCGUUCCCGUUCAGCUCGAUCACAUCGUUUUGGGCGGGAAUAAGUAACAUUGACAAAUAACAAUAACGAGUGGAGUAUUUUGAAUGUGACGGUCGAAUUAAUGCGUUAGCAGCUUGUACAAUAAACACUAUCGUAUUAUUACAAGAAAAAGGUACGGCUUUAGUGAUAAGUAUGAAGAGACGAGGCGAAACAAAGAAGAAGAAGAAGAAAACAAACAAACAAAUCAGAUCGCCAAGCGAUGCAAUGCCUCACAUUUAAUUUUUCAUAUACUGUUCGCAUCCCUUUUUUGAAUCUCCAUAGAAGAGUAGAAAAAGAAGAAGAAGAAACUCAUUCAUAUUUAGAAGAAAUAGACGAACCGCUCGAAAUCCGUUAGCAAAGUGAAGCAAAGGCAAACAUUUAGCAUUAUUAUGAACUUAUUGUGAUUGUCCUGUGAAUACAUAAGUCGAUAUAUUGCGACAGUAGCCGACAGCCCGUACGGAUGGACGAAGAAACAAACAAACAAAACGAUAAUAGCUUCUGAUAACGGUUAAAAAUGAUAUGAACAUACAACAUGUAAAUAGUGUUAUGUCUUUGUGUAAAACAAAUGCGAAACUCGUUACACGUCGAAACAUGGGGAAAAGUAAUAGAACAGCCUAGAUAUGCAAAAAAGAAAAAAAAACCCUAAAACAAAAGCCAAUGCAGAUAUAUGUGGUGAUGCAAAGAAACGACUUAAAGGUACUAAAGCGUGAAAGGUGAAAAAAAAUACAUAGAACAAACACACACACACAAAAGCAUAAACCAAUAAACAGUACACUACAAGCGUUAGUGUCGAGAAAAGUGAAACGAGCAACAGAAAAGGGAAAGCUACCGGAAAACGCUUGUGAAACGUUUGCCAUUUGGUGCAAGGCAUAGGAAGAGUGUAUAAAUAUGUUGUACAUAUUGCAAAUGACGAAGGUAACAGUUAAAUACGGCAACCAGCAGCAAUCGAAAUCGGAACGCAAUCAUGCUUCAUAACGCUUAAAAAAUAAGGCUUUAGGAUGAGAACAGCAAUGACCGAACGACGAAUGUGAUUCGCCAGGGCUGCUGCUGAUUGUGUGCGUGAUUUACAUGGGAACAUAUUACUUGAUAAUGUAUUACUGUUUCUUUUGUAUUUGCCAGCCCCUUUGCAGGGCGAUCGGAAACCGUGUAGUUACCCCGUUUUAUUGCAUCUGUUUUGUAACACUUUUGCUGUAUCCGUCUACUUGUUGUGUUGUCGUGCAUUGUCGCUCUUCGCAAAAGAGAUGGGUAUUAUUUUUACACCACUGUAGUUUAAACCGUGUCUGUUUAAGUUGUUUACUAAUGAUAAAAGUUGUGUUUUUCACUGUUAGUUUAGCUUUCUUUUAUAAUCACCAUUCUUUGCGUUGCGAUGAUAGUUACGUUACUUUUGUAAAGAAAAAUCGUUCCUAGCUCCUUACUUAAACUUGUUUUACGUUCUAAAGGUCCAAAGGUAGAGAGAGAGAGAAAGUCCAAAAAUUAUUUACCGUUUAACAGUUAUGUACAAAGUUAGGAGGCUCGUGGUGUGAAUGUGUGCAUCUAAUGCAAGCGACUAAGUGUUAAGUAAAUACGGGAAGAAAAGAGAAACGCAGCAUGAACAUGGUGUACUAAAGAUGAACGGACAGACACGGAGAAAAUUCCGUUUAAAUUGCAUUCCUAAAGAACGUACAGACAAACAUACACGCACUGAACAAAACAAUACUAAAAACUACGCCACAGUGUUACGCGAAACCAAUGCAAACCGUGUACGAAUGUUGUGUCUGUGUAGAGGGAAAAUGUUUCAAUAAAACAACGGAAACGGAAUCACAACCAUUAACGAA